AUGUGGUCUCGAGACUCUGCUAUGGAAGGAGCCCUUUUAAUCAAGACCAUCUUAAUGUAUACCACGAGCCCAAUAGAACUCCAUAUUAUUUGCGACCAAUCAGCCCGAGACUUUCUGGAAACAAGAUUCUCGUUGUUGACUGGUCCAUCUUACCCUCUCAAAAUCCGUUUCUAUCAACCUUCACUACAAAGUAUGAAGGAUAGGAUAGCUCGAGAAGGUUCAAUACGGAGUGAUCAUGCAGCAGGUCUUCCUGGUUUAAUGAAGCUCUUCAUCCAUGAGAUUCUUCCUGCAAGCGUCAAGAAAUCCAUCUACAUAGACACCGACGCUAUCUUCAUUUCCGAUCCAACCUUAUUGUGGAACGUAUUUUCCCAACUUAAACCCACCACCGCCUUUGUCAUGUCGUACCACCCCGAUCAGGAUUCACCUGUAUGGCACCAAGCUUCGCGAAUAUGCAGCUGUGUCAUGUUGUUGGAUCUAGAAAAGUUGCGCAAAUUGCGUUUGAUGGACUCGAGUGUGUACAGGGAGGUGACGGAUGAUUCCUAUCCUCCAGCGUUGUCCCCUCCUACCUUUCGCGCCAUGUAUGGCGAACCAGGGCCGGAUGGGUACAAGAACGUCAAGCUGGGUGAUCAAGGUUAUUGGUGGGCCAUUGUUGAUAGCAGGAAGGAUAUUUUCGAACCAUUGAGCUUUGACUUCGAAGUUACCAGCUGUUUAAUGGACACAUAUAGUAUCACAUUAGGUGAAGAUGGUAUAUCUGAAGUCCAUGAAUUACCCAGGCAAAGUCAUGUCAAGGGAACUCCUCAGGAGGGUGCUCUGAUCCGCCCAAAAGUCCUUCAUUUCAACUGCCUUCAUGGAACCGAUGUAUAUAUGAAUUGGGAGGGAUGGUCAAACUCCACCGAGGCGGUGACGCGGCGUUGGGGACCUGCCUUAUCCUAUCAUCAUGGUUACAAAUGGAUUUGGCUUAACCGGAGUGUAAAGACCAACAACUCUGGUGACAAAUUAGUGGACAUUAGUGCCAAUAUCAACGUCGUAUUCGAAGAUCUGCAGUUUGCUCGAAAUCAUGCCAUUGCCAACAAAUAG